GAGACAGAGAGUGAAAAACUUUCUAGACAAAAAAAAAAGCAAAAAAAAGAAUAUAUGAGGGCAUACAGAAGGAAAAUAAAGGAUUAUGAGACAGGGGAGGAGAAGCAAGCACGAUUGAUAAAACAAAAUGUGCAAAAGUGGAACUCUAGACAGAAAAAGGAAGACAAUACAUUUGAUGUAAUUAAACCAGUAGGAAAAUUUACAGCUAAAAAAAAGCCAAAGAGACAGAGAGUGAAAAACUUUCUAGACAAAAAAACCAAAAAAGAAUAUAUGAGGGCAUACAGAAGGAAAAUAAAGGAUUAUGAGACAGGGGAGGAAAAGCAAGCACAAUUGAUAAAACAAACUGUGCAAUUUAAGUGGAACUCUAGACAGAAAAAGGAAGACAAUACAUUUGAUGUAAUUAAACCAGUAGGAAAAUUUACAGCAUGGCAAAAAGUAGAUAAACCACUGCAUAAUGUUGACAAAGAAGCAUAUUUAUCUCAAUUUGACAGUAUAAACACUGGACCAAUUCAUGUACAGAAGUGGGCUAUCAAAAACAUGGAAGACUUUCAUAAUUCACUUAAAUUCAAAAUUUAUAUGUGUGAAGUUUGCCAUGAGGCAUGGCCAUUAUCAUCAAAAGGCAAAAAGAGAUCUCCUUAUAUGUGUUCAAGAUGUUCACGUGACAAGAAUGGGAGAAAAAAUUUUCAUCUCAGAAUGGAAUGAUUCCUUCACAAGUCCCAAAUGAAUUGCAAGGUUUAACGCAAUUAGAGGAAAUGUUAAUAGCUCGUGUUUUCCCAGUAAUUUCUGUUUAUACAAAACCAGGUGGACAAAAAGCAUAUAAAGGUCAUUGUAUUAACUUCUCUCAAGAUAUCCAAGAGUUAGCCAAUUCAUUGCCAAGAAACCUAAGUGAAAUGCCAGUAAUAGUUGUGUCAGUCAAAGGCAAAGAUAAUACUUAUAAAGAUCUCACUGUGAGACGUGAAAAGGUCAGCUGUGCUCUGCACUGGUUAGUUCAACAUAACCCUGUAUAUAAGGAUAUCACUAUUGAUUAUGAAUUGUUGGCUUUCUUGCCUUCUGAUGGCAUUCCCACUGAGCUGCGAAAAAUUUAUUGUACUGAGAACAGUAAAGAUGAUGAAAUUGAUCCAGACAGAGGUCCUCUUGAUGAAAUACCUUUCAAUGAAGACACAGAAUUGAGUAGCACAAUUCUUAACCCUGUACAACUAAAGCCACAGAAGCAGCUGAUA